GGUACAGCCCAUGCGGCUCCGUUGCUAUGGAGAGUAGUUCCACAGGAGCGCGAGCCGAACCAUCCUGAAAGAGAGAGAAGGCAGGAGCGAGGAGAAAGGAGGACAUACUGAAAGUGCCGAAACGCACAGACACACGGAGAAACCAUGGAGACAAGACCCACGAACCGGAGGACAGUACCCAAUAACGGAAUGCGACUUUUAACGUCCUUUUUCAUCCUGUGCGGAGCCGUCGCAGGUGUAACCAGUAACCAGGUGGUCGUCCCUGACAAAGUGAACGCGGUGCUGGGGAAGAACAUCACACUUGGCUGCAGGAUCCUGGUGGAGCCCAACCUGAGUCUGACGCAGAUCUCUUGGGAACGCCGUCUUCCGUCGGGUCCCAUCACCUUGGCAGUGUUCAACCCCGAGUACGGAACCUCGUAUGCCCCGGAAUACGGCAAGCGCAUCUCGUUUGUUUCCCCGUCCAUACGGGACGCCACUAUCAUCAUCGAAGGAGUUGGUUUUGCUGAUAUCGGGUCAUACACCUGCAAAGUGGCAACUUUUCCUCUGGGCAACACGCAAGCGUCGACCUUUGUUAACGUUUCAGUGGAGCCCAAGGUGUACGUGUCUGCAGGCCCCGCGGCUCUUCUUGACGGCGGGGACGAGGCGCUGGUGGCCACCUGCAUCGCGGAGCGCGGGCGGCCCGCCGCUGAGGUGUUCUGGGAGGCCGAGCUGUACGGGCGAUCUGAGAAGCAAACUCAGGAGGAAGUCAACGGCACCACCACGGUGCGCGUCAACUACAUGUGGAAGCCGCAGAGCUACGCCCAGGGAAAGAUGCUCACCUGCGUGGUGCGCCACCCGACUCUGCAGACAGAGUUCCGCAUACGCUACAAGCUAAAUGUGCAGUUUGCACCAAAUAUAUCCAUACAAGGAAUUGAUAAAAUCUGGUAUGUGGGUCAAACAAACGUAAGAAUCACCUGCACAGCCAACGCCAACCCUCCUGCCCAUGACUACAAAUGGAUCAGGUUGGAUGGAGCCAUGCCGGAGGGUGUUAAGAUUUCAAAUAACAGCCUUUCUUUCACACGCCCGCUAGAGCGCAAUGAUUCUGCAAUCUAUCGCUGCGAGGUGACUAAUGACAUUGAUCGCAGCACUCACAAUGUCAACUUCUGGGUUCAAGAUCCCCCGCCCACCACCGCGGCCCCCAGCACCACCGCCUCCCCCAUCCGCUAUGUAUCGGGAACCGGAACGGACGUGGACCGCCGCCGAGCCCUGUUCACCUCCCCCACCCUGGCCUCGGUCCACGACGGCAGCCUGGGCACCAUAAUCGGCGGGGCAGUGGGCGGCAUUCUCUUCCUGGUCCUCCUGUUGAUCCUCGGGGGCGCUUAUUUUAUGCGCCAACGCAGGACCUUCAGAGGGGACUACUACACCAAGCAGUACUUGGGACCCUCCGACAUGCAGAAGGAGUCUCAGAUAGACGUCCUACAGCCGCACGAGCUGCAGGAGGUUUACGGGGACAAGACGAGCAAGGGCAGCCAGGAGCUGAAACCCAAACUGGGCGGGGACAUCAUUUACCCCGACUACACUCCGGAGCGGAAGGACAGGGACGACUGGAACGACAGGGGGGACGGCCCCAGGGUCACAAAGGAGGGGAACUAUUACCCAGACCACUACAACAACCAAAACAUGCACCCCUGCGGGCCUCCUGUGCACAGCCCCAUUGUUAACAAUGGCUCCCCCUACCUUCCGGAAGACUGCUAUGAAAACGGUACAGACAGCGACUACGUGUCGCACAUGGAUGGAUCUGUGAUUUCACGCAGAGAGUGGUAUGUUUGAGGACAACUAGGGACGAAACGACGAACAUCCAAAUGGGAUUAAGUCAACAAGUGACAAACUUCAAAGGAUGCAUCGUUUUAAUUAAGAAGCAGAAUGAAAUUUCUAAGCUUUCACAUUGAGCUUCUUGAAUGGUUUUGCUCCGCCUUGAUUGUAACCACUUAACCUUAAGGAUGUUCUCUGGGGAUUGUACUUCCAAGUUUGUAGCGAUGAGCUGCAACGAAGCUGGAACGCCUCAAAAGAUACGACCUGUUUUUGCUUUGGCCUAUUGUGACGUGUCAAACCAAUGUGAAUGAGGUUUUGUUGCCCUCUGGUUUGUUUUUGCACCUGUUUCGUAAACGGUCGGCUGUUCCACGCCCUCGUUGGCCAAGUAUUUAUUCCGCAGACCGAACGGGCUUUGCUCUCCUGAAGCCUCACAACGUCUGCCGCGUUUAGAAAAACUAUCUCAUGAGAGUUCGUUGUGCAUUUUCACACACAAGUGAAGAGUUUAUUAUGGCUGAAACCAGUAUUUAAAGCAAAUUAUAUUGCAUGCUUUCUAAAAAAACAAAGGUAUCAUUAAGUGAAAGGGAAGUUUACAAGAUGAAAAGGGAGACUUGCUGGGGCCUCGUACAAAGGGUGAAGCAAAGCAAUGGAUCUCAGUAUGUAGCAGUGUAGGCAUGGGCCGGUAAGAGAAUCUUGGGGUUUCCUAACUGGAGGAAAAAGAAAUACUGACAUCAUGCUAUUUAUUCAGAAAAGUAAAUUAUAUGAUUGAUUUCAUUUAAAAACAAAAAGCAAAAAUUUUUGUAAGUUUGUGGUAAAAAUGUACCUUAAAGCUGCACUAUGUCUAUUUUCUGUAAAAAAUGUAUUUGUUUAUUUUAUUUUUAUUUUUUUACAUAUUUAUUCAAAGUGUUGCUAUGUCGUGACAGUGUAACAUGAGACACAUAAUCUUUGAAAAAUUCUGGCUCCUCCCAGUCGUCCUGCUGCCAUCUGCAGAAGUGCAAGGGAGAGAAUAUGAGCAGCGUAUACACAAGGAUGAUUCACUGCGCUAAGACCCUCCGAUUGGCAGAGUGGGAGCAGUGUGUUUCUGCAGAUGGCUGUAGGACCACAAGGACGUUGUGGAGGAGCUUGAUGUUUUCAUAGAUUAUCGGUUAGGACACAGUAGCAGUUUGAACAAAUGUAGAAAACAGAUUUUUUAAUGAAAGUGACAUACUGCAGCUUUAAUACAAGAGGUGGCACUCAGUUUCCUUUAAAUGAGGAAAAAGAGUUGGAAUUUUUUUUGUUUUUGUUUUUUUUUCAGCCAGCUGACUGAUAGAGCUUAGCAACAAGUGCAGGAGGGGCAGUGCUGUGCUCUCUUUCUUUCUCCGGCAUCGUUUUGAAAAGGCUUUAAACAGAUUUGUUUUGUCAUUUUAAAGUGUUUUAGAACCCUGUUCCACCCUGAUCACGGUACCAGCCCAUGCUUAACACACAGCCUGACUGACAUGAACAAUGUUUGGUAUCAUAACUCACUCAUCGGCCGUUCACCAUGUCACCUACACACUUAUGAGAUCAGACACUGUGGAAAACACCUUUACUCUAUCAGCCCAAAACUUUAAUACCCACAGUUGUCAUAGCAACAGCAUUUUUUUUUUUUUUGGUAGUGCUUUUUUAUUUUUCUAGCUCAAAAGAAGUGUGGAAGUGUGCAAAGGACAUAAUCUCAGGUUGCUCUUUGAAGCAGUUUAUUAAAAAUGAGUUCUGUCAUCAGAAUCUGACUAAGUGUGUCAGACGGUCAAAACCUCUCAGUCUGUGGAGACGUGCAGCACGUCACUGGCAGCUCCUCCUCAUCCUCCAGCCACUUCCUCUCGUUGUUGUCGCUUUUUUGAAAAACUCAAACGGAUAAGCUGAUGAAAAAGUGAUGAUUGCAAGUGUCGACUGUGCCUGACUUUACACGGAAUAAUCAAUUCUGUUUCAAUCUUCACUCUGCCUGAACACUUUUCAGCCUCGGCUUUGCUUGGGCUUUGGUUUUUUUGGUUGUUUUUUUAUUUUUUUUCUCUCUUCCUUAGAAAUCACAAGCACAUAUCUACCAGAAGCUCUUGUUAUUUUGACUAAGUACAGGAGACAAAAGAGUUUGGACUCCACUGGUUCUAAAAGUGGAGCAGGGGAAGUCAAAUCUGUUAAUUUCUUUUCUUUGUUUUUUCUUCAGUAGCCAUACGUUAGGAGUGUUUUAUUUGCUGAAAGUGUCAGUGAACUCAUUCAGACUAUUGUCUGGUUUCAAUCAUUUGCUCUCAGUAUUUUCAGCCACCCCAAUAUUUACAACAGACUCUCCUAUCAGGUGAACACUGAGAUGGUUUAAAGUCUAGUGUGAACUGUAGAUUGUGAUUCCCACAUCCUGUUUUUAAAACUUCCACAUGCCAAUACAGAUUGAGAACUAAGAAGAUUUAGUUCACACAAUAGUUUUCAAAAUACUUCCUUGUUCCUCAAUCAUUAGUUAUUUAUGUGGGGGAUCAGUAGUGAUGCAACAUGUGAGAGAGCUACAAUUAUAUUAUACUAGGGAUACACCAUAAAUCGCCACUAACAUCAGUUACCAGCCAUAACAAUGUUAAUAUAGGAUGUCGAUAGAGGCCCAAAUUGUUAUACCUGUACAUCCUUUUAAAGACAGUUUACUAAAGAAUUUGAAAAUAAAAAUAAAACAGUCAUAAACUUCUCUUUGGCAUCCAACCAAUCAGAGCACCUGUGGUGUGUUCUCUUCCUGUCACUUUAAAAUGAUUCCCUGGUUCCUGUAACUCCGUUCUGCUGCUGUCUUCACUUCCAAACACCUCUCUGAUCCUGAAAAUAGCUUCCUAGCUCUUCCUUACUCACCAACAACUUCCACACUAACGAGUGUUGUCAGCACAGUUCUUCUUUUGAAAGUCGGCUGAUCACAGGGUCAUUCAAGCAGAAAGUUAUCUCAUUCUGGGAACCAGCAAAUCUUUCUGUGCAAACUGAUGAAGUGAUGCUCGAUCAUCUGUAGGGAUCUGGUAAUAAGACGUCAGAUCUGAAUGCAAAACACUAAAGUCAAAUCCAAACUGUUACACAGCGGUGGCUGUUAUAGAAACGCCAUCAAUCUCAAGUUGUGUAAAACUGAGGCUUGAUAGUAACUGAAACCAAAUCUACUGAUUUGGCUAUUGACAUAAGAUCAUGCAGUCAUAAAAAAAAGUGCAGCUCUGUUAUUAAGCUUCACAGUAAGUUUCAGAACCGCCCCAGUUUCCCUGCUGAGGCCUGAUACCUCAGCUACACUACUGUAUUUUAGGUUUUCCCUCCUGAAUAUUUUCUGAUUUCUGUCUCUAAGACCAAUUGGACAUUAAAGUAUUUUUAUUUUUUUUUUUUUUACAACUGCAGAUCAAAGGAAUCUGUUAUAAAUACCAGAUGUGAGUGAUAUGGCUGUCACCAUCUGACAUUAUGUGGGUUACGUAAACCACCAGCAGUUUUACUGCUGCCGCUCGUCACUCUGCCGUCGCGGUUCAGGAUCUCCAACUCGCAGCAAAAAGAGAGGCAGAAGCGGCAAACGGAUCCCUGGGUUUUUAGUUUUGUUAGAAAGUAGGAUUAUUGAGAUGUGAGCAGCUGACGUCACUGCAGAGCAUGCCGUAAUGUUGGGGUUUGGCUCCUCUUGAGGAUGUGGAGCAGCCAUGGAAACAAAAAACUUAAUCUGCAAGUAAAAAAAAAGAAAAAAAAGAGAGAAAUCUGAACCGUGGAGGUCAGGGAUGUAUGUGUAAUGGCUCCCAGUGGAAGAGAUGCAUGUUUCUUUCUUUCCCCACAAGCAGCAUUUCUUGUGAAACUAAGUUGAAACAAAAGAGCUGACAUCAUCAGCGAUCUCAUCUUUUCCUGCUUGGUUCGUCCCGACACUUUUCCACUCAAAGCUUUAGCUUUGUUUCCUCAGGAUUGAUACAGAGAUCAGAGUGGCCUUUUCUAAGUCUCACCGCAACCAAACAGAAAGGAAAGUCUUUCUGUUUGGUUGCUAUCCAAAACAAUCUGGUUCUUUCUGACAAUGAAAUUUCACCCUUUAAGUCAUAAGUUACCUGCCAGAGCUGCAGAAUCAUGAAAUCACUUUACUAGAACCUGUUUGACACCAUGAACUGGUCUAAGAUUGAAUUAGGCCUUUAUUUUAGGAAGGUGACAGAAUGAUAAAACCAAAGACUUUUAAAAUAAUAUUCUGUGAGCUGGCUGAAUAAAAGUGGAGCUUCAUGGAGGAUCUUGUUACUUCUGUUGUUAAAUUAAUAAAAUACUUCAUAGAAACAACAAGCAGCCCUCAGAUGUUUGUAGUGUGACGUUCAGGUACAGCCAUGGCUGCUUCAGGACCUGACUGUUUUACCGAGUUUGAUUGAACCAUGUUGAACCGAGCACAACAGCUGAAGGAAAAAGUUCAGCUGACAGUUAGCGACCCUAAUAAUCAAUUGAACCUUAUGCAGGAGAAAAAUAAUGUGCAAAAUGAAUACAAAAAGCACAAAAGCAAGUUCACCUCUAAAUGGCACAGCUAAAAAAAAAAAAAGCAACAAAUCAAGUGAAGUUUGUGGAAUGCCCUGAUCAAAUUCUGGUCUUUAAUUCAAUGGAGAUGUUGUGAUACUAACUUAACUACGAGACAAGGUCCAUCAAACCCUGCAGGUUUUUUACCCUGUGCGCGGUUUGGCGGGGUAGCACUGACCCUGGGUGCGCUUUUACAGGGUUUUAAUCAUGUGGUUUCGGGAAUUGACGAUCUUAUCGGACAACUUACCCCACUUCCCAGCUGUCCGACCGUGGCAUGCUCCUCCUGACCGCAGGAGGGAGGGUUAAGAGGCCUGUUUGUACACCAACACCAUACGGGGCGGCCAAGUUCAAAACAAAUCUGCAAAGAGUGGACCAAGAGUAGUCUAGGGGCAACGGGAAAGACUUACUGCUGGUUGCUGCCAAAAGUUGCUGAAGCCAAAAGCAGCAAACCAGCUCUUAAGUUUGAUAGGCAAUUCCAAUUUCUGAUUUAAAAAAUACAAUUACUUGUACAGAAAAGCAAUGGAUGGAUUAUUAUUAUUAUUAUUAUUAUUGAGCUUAUCUUAGUCAGAUAUAAAAAUUGUUUUGAUUGAGAUAUUUUUAAUUUGACCAAACAAAGCUAAACCCAGAAGGCAUCCAUCCAUUGCAGUGGAUUCAGGUCCAGGCCUCCGUUUCUGAAAGAUUUCCAGCGCACGUCUCCACCCCUGGUUUUCUGGUGGCACGGCUCCGGGUCGAAGGGUUUAGAUGUCUCAGAAUAAACUGCUUUAAUCUGGGCUCUCACUCACGCCAUCGCCACACAUCUGCCACUGCGGCCCCACAUGGAAGGAGACGUCCUCACCUCAAAACCUUCAGCUCUUUGAUCAGCUUUUAUACCCUUCAGCCUCAGCUUGGGUCUGAUUUAAUGGAUGAUUUUUAUUUGUAAUUUUUUAUUUUAUUUUUGUUUUACCUUUUUUUGUGUUUUUCGGUUUCUUGCUCGCCAACUGGUUGCAUGUGCAGCUACUUGCUGCCAGUUCCAUCACUAAUGUUUAUAUUACAUGUACAUAUUGCGUCUAGUAUUGGCGUGGGGUUAGUUGUUCUCUGUCGUUCUGGGUUUGUUCUGGACCCCCUACUGAAUAGCUGGUGCCUUAAAUGGGCUGAGCAAUGCACAGAAACUUUAAAAGCUGACAGAUACUGAAAGCAUUAAUGUAAAGAUUAUUGUUAUUAUUAUUCAAAAGAGGGCAGAUGUGCCUUUUUUUAAUACGUAUACCAACUUUCAUAUUUAAGAUUUGCUGUUGCCAAGGCAGCAGAGAUGACAAAAGGUUUAUUAUCAUGCCUUACAGAGUUUAAAAAGGACACAUGUAACAAGUUGGUUACUGGGAGAAUUGUAAUAAAGCAAUGUUUCACUGGGAAUUUUGGCGAGCCAGGUUCAUAGAAAAUAUUAUUUUCCUGUAAAUAUGCUGGCUUUAUUAUUAUUAUUAUUAUUGAAAAAAAAUCAUAUUUUUUUGUAUGAGGUCGGUAAUUUUCACAGACUAUUAGUUAUCUUACGAGCUUUCAGCGGGCUCCUGCCUCACAGUAAGGCAGAGAGCCGCUUUUCGCUGCGUUUUAUAUCGGUUCGCGAGAGUUGGGGAUGAAUUGUUUUGUACGGUGUUCUGCGGAUGAUUGAGGUCUCACAGGAAUCAGAGAUGAGCGGGUGGCAGAUUUUGUCUUCUGUUCUUUUGUUUGCAAUAAAACGUCAUCGUUUUCA